GGGGAAUGUUGAUGAGAUAGGGAGCGACAUGCCUAAUUUUAACAUAUUUGGAUUUGAAUCUCAAAAAGAAAGUGAAGAAGGAAAUCAAGAAAAGCUGAGGCCUGAAAAUGAUAUAGAAGAUGACACUGAGAUGGAAGAGCAUGGAGAAGAAAAUGAAACAGAAGACUGCAAAAAGGAAGAAGAGAAGAUAGGAGAAAAAGAACAAGAGGCAAGCACUGAGGUAGAAGAGCAGAGGGAAGAAAUCCAGACAGAAGUCAACAAUCAGGAAGGACAAAAAGGAGUAGUGAAUGAUGAGAAGCAAAUGACAAAUGAUGCAACAAGCUAUGAUAUGUGGGGAAUGGGAUCCCAAGAAAAUUCACAGUUUGUGAAAGAGCUGUGCAACAGUGUGGAUCUAAUUGAAAAAGAGGCAUUACUGAGAAAGUCUGAAGGAAAACCCCCUACAAACAUUCCUACUGUGGUAAAAUACUAAUUAUUUUUUAAAUAUUAAAAUUUAUUCAUUUAAAUGUAUAAUAACUUGUCCAAAUUUAACAGUUGAGGGAAAAGAGAAUUGCUAAAUCACCCACAAGGUACACACCGGCAGGACAAACCGCGGAUGCUAAAAGGAGAAGGAAGGAAAAGGCAAAGAAAAGAACACACGAAGAAUUUUUGCCGCCUUCAAGAAAAAUUUAUGGCCCAUUCUCUGAAGACCCCACUGACACACCACCUGCAGAUCAAAUGCAGCGACUGGCAAACUUUUUAAGCAUUGGAAUGCUAAAAUAUAGAAAGAAGGCUGAAAAAGACAGAAGAUAUAGGGCUGAUGAAGAAAAUAUGCAUGGCAUUCCGAUGUUGCUGGAUAUAAUGAAAAUUGAGUCAAAAACUUGGCUAUACAACCUGUAUUCCAAUGAGCAGUGGCUAAAUGACCAGCAUAUGGAAGUAGGAAUGUACUAUUUGAGUGUCAAAAGGCUUCAAUACAAACUCAAACAACAGUAUGCCACAAACAGAGCGUUCUUUAUACAAAUACUAAGGCGUGAACAUGAGAAAAUUCUGAAGGGUCAAGGAACUGUUCACGAAGCUGCAGAUGAUGAUGAGAUUAUGCACAGUGUGCAAGGAAGUACAUCAAAGUUUGCCCUACACUGGUGUGAUUGCCAAUUUGUGUACUUCCCUUUAAACACUGGUCAACAUUGGGUGUUACUUGUGCUGGACAUCAAGAACAGAAAGGUUAGAGUUUACAACUCUAGUUCUCGAAGGGGAGAUUCACUGAAAGAUAUCCGACCAUUCAUCCCAUGCAUCAAAGUCUUGCUUCCUAAAAUAAUGGACUACUACAAUGUGCAUGCUAAUUCUGGAGAGGAGCCAAUGGGAGGGAAAGAAUUACAAAUAGAAGCUGUAGAAAGCUGCCCACAACAGACUAACGCGGGGGACUGUGGAAUGUUUGUACUCAAGAUUGCUGAAUUCCUAAUCAUGGAUAUGGAGCUUGAUGGAAUAGAUGCUGAUGAAAUGCCAAUGUUUAGGCAAAAAAUGGCGACAGAGCUUGUUAUGUAUAGUGAAAAGAGAAUGAGUGAGGCUAAAGGAGUGCAGAUGCCAAAGUUUAUAAGGGAAUAAUGAUACAAUGACAAGAUGUGUUUCUGCAUAUGUUGCAAGACAUGUGUCAUUCAGAC